AUGGCUGAACUCUUCGUUUCACUCGGCGCCAAGGACGUGCGCCUGGUCGCGCCGGCCGACGCGAGCUUUAGCGAGCUGUGCAACAGCUACACUGGCGUCAAGGAGAGCGCCAACCCCAGCGUCGUGGCCGUGCCCGACUCGGCUGAACAGGUGCAGACCAUUGUGCAGGAGUGCAUCGCGACGGGCAAGCAAAUAGCCGUCCGCGGCGGCGGCCACGACAUGUACAAGCGCUACACCAAGCCCGGCGCCGUUCUCAUUGACCUGCGGUCGCUCAAAAACGUCGCGGUCGCGGCGGACAAGAAAACAGCCACGGUCGGCGCAGGCCUCACCAGCGAGCAGCUCCUGGCCGAGCUGGAGCCGCAGGGUCUCCAGGCCGUCACUGGCACUGGCGCCACGGUCGGCUUCGCUGGAUGGAGCAUGGGUGGUGGCUACGGCCCGCUAGACUCGCAGUAUGGUAUCGGCGCCCACCAAAUUGUCGGCGCAAAGGUUGUCAAUGGCGAAGGGAAGCUCAUUCAGGCGGACGAUCGCCUGCUAAAAGCGAUUCGUGGUGGUGCUGGUUUCUUUGGCAUUGUUGUCGAAUUGACCGUAAAAGUUUACCCGCUGGAUGGCAUUCAAUCGGGAGUUUUCCUUUUCGAAUCAUCAGACCUCGAGAAGACUGUCACAACCGUCUUGACAGCAUACAACGAAUUAGCCAAAGAUGGUCUGCCCAGCAACCUCUGCGUGCUACCCAUCAUCAUGCCUUUCCCGAAUGCUGGUGUAGUAUUCGCGUUAUCUUACAUCUGGAACGGCCCGGCCUCUGAUGAGUCACGCGCAUGGGCAGACAAGAUUGGUGCCUUUGCUCCUCGCCUGCCCGGGCCGCCCAUUCAGACGACGACCAUGCUAAACAUUCUGCGCAACCUUACCAAGAUGAUUCGACAACACAUCCGCGGCAACUGCCACAGCGCCUCUAUCACGCAACUCUCCUCGCAGGCCAUCUCUGUCUUGGCUGCGCAGGCGGCCAAGAUUCCUGCUGCAGGUAACGGUGGCUUCUCACUGCACAUCGUGCGGGCAGACAGCCCGACGUGUGCCAGUGCUGCGCCCGCUUCAGUCAUACCCUAUGGCACCCCGCACGUCUCUAUUGACAUUUUGGGUAUAGUGGACAUUGCUGGAUCGGACGAAGUCGAGCAAGCAAUGGUGAGCUGGGCCCAGGAAGCCAGAAAUGAGCUGGCCAAGGUCGAUGCUGCCGCAAAGUUUACAUAUCUGCCUUUUACUCAUCCCGAACAUCUCAGCCUCGAGGGUAUCUAUGGCGAUAACUUGGAACUUAUGCGCCAAAUCAAGAAGGAGCAAGAUCCGAACAAUAUUUUCAACAAUGGCCUAGUCCGCCUGUAA